CACAAGUUGAAUUCAUGGAAAGUAAUUGAAAAAAAAAAAAAGAAAAAGAAACUAACUAUGCCAAUAUGUCAACGACCGGCACUGAAAAACAUUGCAGACUGUGCCUCAUGCUUAGUAAAGGUGGAACAAAAGCAUGUCAUCAUCUUCUAUUAAAGCGUGUGGAAGAUCUUAAACCAAGGGAUCCUCAACCAAACGAAUGGACACUUGCAUCAUUUUUGAACAGUAAAAAGCAAAUGAUAAUUACGUCAAACCUUUCGAAGGAGAAGUAUAAAGUCCUAUUUCCAAACACCGGUGCUACAGUGCUUUCUAACUGGGAUUUAUCACUUUACUGUCACGUUCUUACUUCAUACUGUGAUUUGACUAGUUUAGAUUGGUUGGAUAUAGAAAAUUUGCGAACAAUACGGAAUGAUCUCUGUCACAUGAACGACGCCGAAAUCACAGAUCAGAAGUUUGAAAGCUACUGUGUAACGAUACAAGUGAUCAUUGGUAGAAUCUUGGAGAAACUCGAUGCCAACGAUUUGAAGCUAGAGCUUGACACAAUCAUCAACAAUUUAAAAAGUGGACCUCUUUCGAUUGACGAAUCGCUGAAAGAAAUGCGUAAGUUUUAUUUGAUGGAAUUGGACAUCCGUGAACAGUUGGAACAUGUUUUAGAAAAACUUGAGGAACUUAGCAACAAGUUCGACCAAACAGCAAGUUCAGGAAUCGAUUCAACAAGGAACAAUGUUGUUCCUGGAGUCAAUAUUGUUCUUGUUUUAAAAAAUGUCAAUGACGAAGAAGAAGAAAACAUGUCUUAUGUUUUACAACAGUUGUUUGAAGAAGUCAUAAAUGAGGACAAUGGACUCAAAUCCACCAUACCACCCAAUUCAUAUAUUGGACUCAGAGCGGCAGUCAAUAAAACAUAUCAGAUAUUUCUUUCAAAAGGAUGGAAAAUCAUAAGCGCAAAACAUAAAUGCAUACAACUACAAAUAAGAUGUAGUAAUUUUAAAUCGCUUGCCGCCUUGUUAAGGGAACAUAUUAAUGGACAAAUAGACAACCAUCUUACAGAUUUAAAUGAAUCAUUAACAGAGUGUGUCAAUGGAGGAAAGUCAUGCUUUCAAACUAUGAUCUAUAAAGACGAGUUUUGGAAUGUUUUGGAUAAAUCAAUCUCAUCCGUCGAUAGAUUUUUAUCCGAAGUCAACAUCGACUUAUCAAAGCAAAAGGAUAACGUGCAACCACUCAAUAAAGGCAGGGGGCUUAUAUUAUCGUUAACAGCUCAAAACCUAAUGUCUGGCAGUAACAAAUCUUUCGAGGGAGACUGCAACAAUGAGCUUCGUACUUCUCUACAAUUACUGACAUCAGAACUAGAAUCAGAAUUCCAUGCCCCACAUUUAUCGAUUCAAGGAAGUUGCUCGACAAAUGUGAAUUGCGAAACAGAUGAAUAUAAGGAAGGCAGUGAUUGGUUUCAAGAUGAAGAAUAUGACAAGACAGCGAUCACGCAACGGUCUUUGAAAGAAAUUGGUCCAACGAAAGAGGCACAUGAAAGAGGAAAAUAUCACAGUGAAGAAAAGAAGGAAAUUACAGAACAAAAUCGCCUUGAUCGAAAGUUGGCAAUGUGGAGGAAAUGGGAGGAAGAGCAAGCAAAUUGGACGAAAGGAAUUUCUGGUUUAACUAUUACAAAAUAUGGUCUACUUAUUUCCAUCACUGAAAUUUUGAAAAACUUUCUGUAUUCAUUUUCACCGGAACAGAUUGGCCAUUUGUCUGAAUUCCUCGACAAUGCACGAAACUCUAAUUUGAAAUUUAUAACAGAAAAGGGUAAAACAAGGGGCUCUUGGGAAAUGGAAGAAAGUUGUUGUAAAUCAGGUCUAUGUCAAACAAUCCUAGAUAUGUUAUGUGAGAAACAAGCGAACAAUUUAAAAAACGUUGUUUGGAGCCCUAACGACAGGACAAGUGUAUUGCAUUCACGACAUAAAAAGAUGAUGACCUUGCCAAACACACAUUUCUUCAAUUGGUCCAUUCGCGGGGAAUUUGACUGCCCAUACGAGCGCGUCCGAAGAGGUAUUCCUUUGUUAGAUGAUACACUACAACAAGGAGACGUCGAUACAUACUACUGGCAAAUCGCAAAGAUGUACAUGUUCCGUGGAAAGGAAACAAAUUAUGAUCCAAAUACUGGGCCUGAAGAUACAGAUGUUGCAUUGAUUUUCAAGUUGAUGAAGAAUUGCAAGUUGUUCUCACUAGAUGAGGAGUCAAAUAUAGAUAAUUCAAUUUACGACGAUUUACUAGAAGUGAGGAACCUGUUGAUGCACAGUGCUGAUAGCCGCUUGUCGGACGAAGCUUUGGAGGAAUGCUUCGAGCGAAUGAAAAGUAUACUGAAAGCCGAUAUGUUUUCCAGCGAACAUAGUAAAAAGGCAAUAACUGGACUAGAAAAGUUAAAAGAUAUGCGUAUCAUAAUGACUUCGCUGACAUUACAACAAGCAGCUUUGAUUGAAGAAGCUUUCAACUUACAACAAUCUUCAGUGGAAUUUGACAUACAUUUUAAGGGCUCAUUGAAAAACGACUACGUUUUAGAAGGUAUCCUGAAAGCAAGCCAAGAGAAUAGUAGGAAGUACAAAGUAUAUGCUCAACAGUCAAGCGCUACAACACUGGGAGGUGCUGCCACUGGUGCUGCAGUGGGAAGUAUUGCCGGGCCCUCUGGAGCUGCUAUUGGUUCAGCAGUUGGAUGGCUAUUUGGAAAACUCGCGGAAUAACAGAAUUGUUCAUUGUGAUUUGAAACAAAGACAUUAAGAACGCUAAUCAACUUUCAUUCAUCGAAAACUUUAAAACUUCGAGACAUUUCAUUUUGCAAACUUUUCAAUGUAUAUAUUUUAAUUUUAAGUCUGAUGUCCUUUUGUCUUUGAUUAAUGAAUAUUUGUGCAUGUACGCGCAUGUACAUGCACGUACAUGUAUUGCAAGGAAGUAGUAUUUCCCCGCACAUGCGCAAUCUGCAUAGGGCAAAAAAAACAUAGUCUAACAUAGAAAUAUAGAAGACGUUCAUAGACAAUUCCGAGUUAGUUUAAGGUAAAAGGUAGAAAAUUAUAUAAAAUAGCUUUAAACAAAAAUAGAAAAGAUUCCUUUACAGAGAUUGCCAAAGAAAGGCAUGGAAAAGGAAAUUGUUUAAGAAUUCCCCCUUACGUCGGGCCCGCUUAUGUCACGGACCUGACAUUGAGAUUUUUUUAAAGAAAAAGUAGAAUUAUAUCUUUUUUUCAAAUGGGAGUCAACUAAAUUGUUGUUGAAAUAGUUUAUAAAAAAAGAUAAAAUAAAUUUUAUAACAUAUGAAAUAAUUAGCAUUCUGAAAAUAGUCAGAGCAGGCCCGGUGAUAAUGCAUUUUUAGUGUUCAGUUUACCUUAUUUUAUCCUUUAUUUGUCUGUGAUGCAAAACAGAUAAUUUUUAAGUCACAUAAAUAUAUUUUAAAUACUUUAUUUUCCUUCAAAAUCUUUAAGGAAAGUGAAAUAACACUCAUUUUAUCCGGUUCAUCGUAACACAUGUUAAUAUUUUUUAAUGCAAGUCACACUAAUUGUCACUUCACAAAUCAAUAAACAUUGAUGAGAUCGGUAUUAUAUAAAAGUUACUUAAAUUACGAUUUUCAUAAUUGUGCUAUGUCAUGGUUCUAAAACGUCCGGGUUAAAUGAUAUUUAUACAAUAUCUAGCUGGAAACAAACAACCACGGUCGCGUGUCAAUCUGUUUGACACUUACCGCCUGGCCAAUCCAAAGGAAGUGUACAAUACACAUUGUGUUAUAUUAUGUAAAUACAGGGGUAAUAAAAUUUAAUCUUUAACACCCUGCUGUCUAAAUUUAAAUUACGGAUGAAAAAAUCGUCUAAUGAUACCUAACAGACGUCUUUUGUAUGCGCCUUUUGACAAUUGGAUUAUUAGUCCUGCAUAUUUAUUAUACCUGUUAUGAAUAUCAAUUGACGUUUUAAGUACUUACCGCUUUAAGUCAUAAAAUUACUGUUUUCUGAUUGAGAUAACAUGGAAUCGCGACUAUUAAAGCCUGAAAGUAUCAUACACUGUUGUCAAUUUUAUUGCGCUUUUGCUCUACGCAGGAUGCGCAUACGCGAAAUGCAACAUUGGUUGCUAUGGAAGAAUCGUAUUGUAAAAAGGUCUAUAGAUUUAGCCGUGUUUACUAAAACGCGCAAGUCAAAAAUUAUAUCACGUUUUGUUAUUAGCAACUUUUUACUAUCAUUGCCUUAUUUUUCAAAUGUCAUUUGUAUUUCAUCUCUCUGAUUAUAAGUUAUUAUAAAUGGGAUUUGUCUAAGUUUCAAUUAAUUCACAUAUAUACUCGACAAUCUCAGAAGAGAAAAUUUUAAUGUCAUGUCAGAGUAGCUAUUUUGUGGAUAGAUAUAUAUAUUAUCUCCAAAGCGUUUUGUUGUUUUGUAUCGCACAAAACUACUACGAAUAUAAAUAUUACAAAUUUUGAUUAUAAACUUAUUUGCACAGUUGUAUUUAAUGA